AUCCACCGAAUGGAUCGGAAGACGUUGAAGCUCAACUGUUGGAAGCUAGCAAAUCUGGUGAUUUGACAGCUGUUGAACGAAUCCUUCAGGCGAAUCCUCAUGCUGUCAACUGUCGCGAUUUGGACGGUAGGCACUCCACUCCUUUACAUUUUGCUGCUGGUUACAAUCGAGUUCCGGUGGUGGAAUACCUUUUGGCUCACGGAGCUGAUGUCCAUGCAAAAGAUAAGGGAGGACUGGUUCCACUGCAUAACGCAUGUUCCUAUGGUCAUUACGAAGUAACAGAACUUUUAGUGAAACAUGGUGCUUCAGUAAAUGUGGCUGAUUUGUGGAAGUUUACACCUUUACAUGAAGCUGCGGCGAAGGGUAAAUGCGAGAUUGUGAGAUUGUUACUUCGUCACGGUGCUGAUGCUACAAAGAAAAAUCGCGAUGGCGCGACACCUUUGGAUCUUGUAAGAGAAGGUGAUCAAGAUGUUGCUGAUUUGUUGCGGGGUAAUAGCGCAUUGCUCGAUGCUGCAAAAAAAGGAAACCUCGCACGUGUGCAGAGGCUUGUGACGCAGGAUAACAUCAAUUGUAGAGAUGCUCAAGGAAGAAACAGCACACCUCUUCAUUUAGCUGCUGGAUAUAAUAAUUUAGAAGUAGCUGAAUUCCUACUUGAGCGUGGUGCGGAUGUAAACGCACAAGAUAAGGGUGGCUUGAUUCCUUUGCAUAACGCAUCAAGUUAUGGUCACCUUGACAUCGCAGCUCUACUAAUAAAGUACAACACAGUAGUAAAUGCUACCGAUAAAUGGGGUUUCACACCACUUCAUGAAGCAGCACAAAAAGGUAGAACGCAAUUAUGUGCACUGUUACUUGCUCACGGUGCCGAUCCAUUCCUGAAGAAUCAAGAAGGUCAGAGUCCUUUGGACUUGGCUAGUGCAGAUGACGUGAAGAGUCUGUUGCAAGAUGCCAUGGCCUCACAACAAGUCGUUACUUCCAUACCACCAGGCGUAUUCAACUCGAAUACUUCUAGUCGAACACCUAACAGCGUAGCAGUUUCAGUAUCGCCACCACCGUCGUUAACGCAAGAAACCGUGAUAAUGCCGUCGGGUGUAGCCGUAACCCUCUGCGUUCCUGUGGCACGACCAAAUUCUUGCAUCAGCCCCAUGUCUUCGACAGCUGAACAUUGUGGUUCCGAUCGUAGCGACUCAGGCAAAGAAUCUUGCAAUGAGCGAAACGUUCGUCCGAGUAGUGCUGGUGGGGCAAUAACCAACAUCUCAAGUUUUCUACAGAACCUUGGUCUCGAGCAUUUAAUGGAGCUCUUUGAGCGUGAACAAAUCACUCUAGAUAUUCUCGCAGAGAUGGGCCACGAAGAUUUGAAGCAAGUUGGAGUUUCAGCUUACGGGUAUAGGCAUAAGUUGAUUAAGGGCAUGGAUAAAUUGCUUAACUCAGCUGCUGGAUCAAUCUGGCAACCGUCAAUAAAUCCUGGAACGCUGUUGGUUGAUCUACUUGCCGAGGAUAAAGAAUUCUUGGCUGUUGAGGAGGAAAUGCAAAGCACUAUUAGGGAGCAUAGAGACAAUGGACAUUCAGGAGGCAUUUUCUCAAGAUAUAAUAUAGUUAGAAUUCAAAAAGUUCAAAAUCGAAAACUUUGGGAGAGAUACGCACACCGAAGACAAGAAGUCGCCGAAGAAGUCACCGUGACUCAAGCACCGACUUCGCCAAGUGCAACGAGUCGUGUAAGUAGUUCGUCGGCUACAACUUUAGCGAACGAGCGUAUGCUUUUCCACGGCAGCCCUUUUAUCAACGCUAUUGUGCAAAAAGGAUUUGAUGAGCGUCACGCCUACAUCGGUGGUAUGUUUGGUGCUGGUAUUUAUUUUGCCGAGCAUAGUAGCAAAAGUAACCAAUACGUGUACGGAAUUUGUGGUGGCACAGGUUGUCCUGUGCACAAAGAUCGUAGUUGUUAUAUUUGCCACAGGCAUUUAUUGCUUUGUCGCGUAACUCUUGGUAAGUCCUUCUUACAAUUCUCGGCGAUGAAGAUGGCUCAUGCACCGCCUGGCCACCACAGUGUAAUGGGUCGGCCGUCGCAGGGUGGUCUUGUUUUCCCAGAGUAUGUGGUUUAUCGAGGCGAGCAAGCCUAUCCCGAAUACCUCAUAACGUACCAGAUAGUAAGGCCACAGCAAGAACCGGGCCAACUUGGCGAGACAGCCGAAGAACGGUGAUCGAAAAUGCGUGUGAACGAGGGUGCCGUUGCCGCCCAACUUCGUCGACUUUGCUGUUGCCAAAGACCCAGGAUCUUCGACUCCCUGACCUGAAAUCACGACUCAUUUUAGGCGAAUCUCUACGAAUGUUCGAUUGAUGGUUAUAAGUAUGAUUUUCAAACGUGUAAUUACUUUAUCUUAUGCCGUUGCUAAGUGUACCAUCAAAGAUAUUUUUAUUUCAUCAGAUUUAAUUUUGCAUAUCGGCUGAAAUAAGCUCACAAGCUUUCAGAAUUACUGUUUUUGAUUAUUUUACUUGGUCGAAGUUUCAAAGAUUUUUUUAUGAGAAUGUAUCUAGCUGAUAGAAUAUUUUGUGCAAUUUUACGAAUGGAGGCAAGUUGAAAUAUUCAAAUUUAUAAAUUGUCAUAUUUCAAAUAAGCAUAUAAUCAUUCAAGUUUUGGUAAACAAACUGCAAUGUAUACAAAAAAAGUUAAUCAUUUAAAAAAUAUUUUCAGACGAAAUGUUAUUAAACCAAAUAUUUUACGUUGCAUCAAUAGUAAGUAAAUUAAGAAAUAUCUUACUAUUUUUUUACUCAUUUCAAGCUAACAAUAUUGAUAACAUAUGACAACAAAAUUUAAAAAGCUUAUUAUCAAAAUAGUAAAAAUAAUCAAAAGAUAAAAAAUUUCUAUAUUUAUUAUAUAACUAAGUUAUUUUUACUUGAACGUAAAAAAUUGAUAUCAACUCAUAACUUAGCUAAAAAAUAAUUGAUCAAAAUAGACAAAAAUAUUUUGAAAUUUACAUAAUAUAUUUGAUAAUUAGACUUGCAAAAAAUAUGUAUAUAAUAAUGAUUUCCUUGCAAUUUGUAAUAAUCCUAAAAAUCUAUAUUAACAACUAUUUGACUCUGAAUUAUUAUUAUGUAAUGGAAAAGAUCUUGACGGUAUGCAUGUACAUUAUACACUCAUAAAAAAGUAAAUAGAAGUACUUCAUAUGGUUGUAUUUUUUGAUAUUAGAUUGUAAGGGUAUCUUAUGUUUAUUCACAUUUUUCUACUUCUUAAGUAUUAACAAAUAUUUUCAUUUGAAAGUCAAUAAUGAAAUUAAAACAGCUUUAACGUUGAGCAGCCUUUUUUCUUUAUUGUGCACGGGCGAAUACUUAAUAGUAAUAAAUUAUUCAAGGAAAUAGAUAUUGCAAAACUUUUUGAGCUGUAAAUUUAUUAUUGUGAAAUAUAGUAACAUAUACUUUUUGUAGAUAUGAUUAUUAUCAGAUACACGAGUUCAUUAUUUUAUGGCAUUUCCCUGUUACCUUGUCUAAUAUCUUGCUAUUCCAUUAAAUGGAAUUGAACCAAUCUUGAUUGAUGUCAGAAUAUUCUUAAAAGUAAAAUAAAAAAAAUAUUAUGCAAUGGUGACUUUUUUCAGUAUAGUAUUUGUAACCGAUACCCAUGAAAUUUUCUAUUUCUAUUUGAAUACAUAAAUUUUUUUACAAGUUAAUAAAACGAUAAUUGUCAAACACAUUUAUAUCAUUUUCCAGUUA